AUGGCCCUGCUAGCCGCUUCGAAGACCACUCCGAACGUCUCGCUCAGCCAUAGCCAACGGUCCGACGUGAUCUCUGUCCUCCACCCGCUCGUCAACAGCGCGCUGCAGUUCCAACAGCUCAUCGGCUCCGCCGCUUUCCACCUCUUCGUCCGGACCUACUUCGCGGCUAGCAUCCUCGCCACGACCUCUUUGUGGGCAAGCAAGAGCAUUGCCUGGAGGACAUUCCUUGCUUCCAGAAUCCUCGCUGCGAAGAGCUUUGCGCUUACCAAGCGGCUCGCUUGGGCCGGGUGGGAUUGCAAGCGAUCAAGACGUCUCCGCAAGCGACUCGAGUUUGAGCUCUUCGUGCUGCUCCUCGGGCCUGGUGGUAAUGCUUUAUUGUUGAUGGUCUUCUGGCCGGGCUGGCUUAUGCUGGCCCUGUUGGGAUGGGGUCUUUGGCGGGUGAUCAGUUGA